AUGGACAUGGCACGAAAGCUGACAAAAGCGAACGCGCGGCUCAAUAAGGACAGGCUGGCAGCGAAGGCUCAGCUUGAGGACUCCCGGGGGAGACUGAGGUUCCUGCGGUUGCUAUCGGAAGAGAGGAAGGCGGAGAAGGGGAAGCAUGUGGCUGAUGGGGUUGAGGAAGGGGAGGAAGUGGGAGGGAGUGGGGAGAAGGGGAUGGGAGAAGGGGAAGAAGAGGAGAUCUGUGUGGUGUGCCGGGAGCCGUUCACAAACAAGUUCUCAGUCUUCCCAUGCUUCCAUGUGCUGUGCUGUGACUGCACACAGCUUCUGGUGGUAAGGGCCUCUUCAGUGCCCACUGCAACCAGCAACAUCACGGGCAGUGCUUCUGGCAGCAGUAGGGAGCCGCGAGUCCAGUGCCCCAUGUGGAGACGAGACGUGGAGAACACCACGCGCAAUGACCGCGCAGCCUUUUCCAGCUCCUCUGCUGCUAGUGCUGCUGCUGCUGCUGCUGCUGCUGCUGCUGCUGCUGCUGCUUCUGCUGCCGUGGAUGCGAGUCUGUGGCUGGGUAAGGGUGCUGCAAGGAGGGAGGGAGAGGAGGAGAUGGUGCCUGAAGUGGUGCAGAUGCAAGAGAAGGAGAUGAGUCUUUGCACGGACUUUGGAACAAAGCUGGACGCAGUAACGCGCCGAGUGUUACAUAUCUUGCACUCGGACCCAUCGGCCAGAGUCAUAGUGUUCAGCGAGUGGAAGGACGUGCUAGUCCUCAUCGCCCAUUGCCUGCAUGCCAACGGCGUCCCCACUGCAUCCGCCUUCAAACCUCGGUGUGUUUCCUUGUCCACCUCUCACCAAUGCUCUCAGCAGUUCCUUCCAAACCCUUUGCUCCCUCUACCUUCCUCUCAAUCCCCAUUCGUUGCCUUCUCAUGCCUCUCCCAUCCCACCAGGGAGGUGCCUUCUGCAUUGGAGUGCUUCACACCAUCCACUCGUCCGCCAGCCCUGUCAGCCAGUGGCAGUGGAGCAGGAGGGAGUGCAGAGUGUCGUGUGCUGCUGCUGGUGGUGGCGGUGGGGGGCAGCGGGCUGAACGUGGUGGAGGCGCAGCACGUGGUGUUUGUGGAGCCGGGGCUCAAUGCUGCCGCCCACGCGCAGGCUGCCAACCGCGUGCACCGCAUCGGCCAGACCCGCCAGACCUUCCUGCACCGCUUCAUUGUGCAGGACAUGUGGAAGAAUCCAUCCAUGCCCUUCACCGCUCCAAGACUUCUGCAUCUCACCUCUCCACCUCGCGUGCUGCCAGCAAGGCAGCCGCAUAUGAUCACAGCUCACUCACUUUGGAGGAUGUCAGCAUUUUAUUCUCUCGAGGCUGAUCCCCUGCAGCAGCCAGGGAGGCGGAAGGAAAUGUGA